AUGGCCUCGGCCGGCUCCGCCACCGUCGCCCGCUUCGCCCGCGCGCUUAAGCUCUGCAAAGACCCCCACCGUCUGAAGCCCCUGAAGUGCCUCCUCAUCGUGAGCGGGCUCGCUGAGGAGGGCCCCUUGAUCGGCGAGCUCGUCAGGUCCUGUUUCCGUCUGGGCUAUCCGAGUCUAGCGCUGUCUACUUUCUUGGGUACCCGCAGCGUGACUCUGCCGUUGCAGAAUUCGAUGGUCAGGGGUCUCUGCGAUCACGGGUUGUACGAGGAAGUCGUGUGGGUCUACGGGAAAUGCCGAGGUUCCGGCUGCCCGUCCGACAGCUUCACUCUGCCCUCCGUGCUCAAGGCUUGCUCCGCUCUCGGCGCUCUCGAUGUCGGGAAGGAGGUGCAUUGCGUCGCUCUGAGAGCCGGGUUCGAGGCCAAUGUUGUGGUGCAGACCGCGUUGUUGGAUUUUUACGCGAAGACGGGUCGUUUGGAGGUUGCAGACAAGCUGAUUGGUUUAAUUCCUGAGCCGGAUUUAGUUUCUUGGAAUGCCCUGAUCGCCGGCUCUUCUCGGAAUGGCCUCCGCGAGAAAGCGCUGGAGCUUUUCGGGAAGAUCCGCGCGGUGGGAUUGACGCCUAAUGUGAGUACUCUGGCCUGCGUAAUCCCUGCGUGCACGCGCCUGGGACGUUUGGACGUCGGCAGAUCUCUCCAUGGACUUGCAUUUAAAUCUGGACAUCUGUCGAAUGGAUAUUUGGCUCCUGCUUUGGUAUCAAUGUAUGCUUUAGACGAUAAUCUAUGUAGCGCAAGAGAUCUGUUUGAGUCUCUUCAAGAAAAAUAUGUGCCUGUUUGGAAUGCUUUGAUCCACGCUUACAAGGAGAAACAGAGGGUACUUGAUGUGUUUGACAUAUUCCAUCGAAUGACUCGAUCGGGAAUUCAGCCUGACGCCGUCACGUUCGUGUGUAUCAUCCCUGCAUGUGAAAAUCUGCGUGAUCCUGUGCAUGGUAAAUGCCUUCAUGCUUUAACAAUGAAACAUGGAAUAGGUUGUCAGGUAUCAGUGGGAACCUCCCUCGUAUCAUUUUAUGCCAAGCAUGGGGACAUAAAUUCAGCCAAGUGGCUUUUCGAUAAUAUGCCUGACAGAAACUUGCCGACAUGGAAUUCAUUAAUUUCAGGUUAUGUGCAUAACGGGCUAUUGGAUGAAAGUUUUGCUGUCUUCUCUGAAAUGCAAUUUGUAGGAUUGACUCCAGAUCCAGUUUCAAUUAUUAGCAUUCUUUCUGCGUGCUCCAAACUUAAAGCAAUUCUAUUGGGAAAAUCUGUCCAUGCAUUUAGUGAGAAAAUGGAUUUUGUCUCCAAUCUUAAUGUGUCAAAUGCUCUCCUGGCAUUAUACUGUGAAUGUCAUGACCUUACUUCCUCAUUUGCUCUAUUUAACAGAAUGGCCUCAAGAGAUGUUGUAUCGUGGAAUACUUUGAUUUCGGGAUGUGUACACACUGGACAUAUUGAAAAAACGUGGGAGCUUGGUCAUCUUAUGCAAAAGGAAGAAAGGAAGUUGGAUUUUGUUAGUCUGAUAAGUAUUCUCCCGAGUUAUGUUUCAAUUAACCAUUUGCUACAAGGGAUGAGUCUACACUGUUACGCCAUCAAAAUGGGGUUUGCCUUGGAUGUUGCUUUAGUAAAUGCUCUUAUUAGCAUGUAUGGUAACUGUGGAGAUCUCGAUUCUGGUAGUUUGCUCUUCAAGAUCAUGCCUAGAAGAGAUUUGGUCUCAUGGAAUGCUCUAAUGACUGGCUAUCGGCGCAAAAGACUUGAUGGUGAUGUCCUUGUGUUGUUUCAUCAAAUGAUGGAGGAGGAUUACAAUACACCAAAUGAUGUUACUCUGAUAAAUUUAUUGCCUUCAUGUUGUUCUGAGCUGCAAGGCAAGUCCAUACAUGCCUUUGCUCUGAGAAGAGGGAUUCUACAAGACACUCCCUUACUUACGUCACUCAUAUCCAUGUACACCAGAUUUGACAGUAUCAGAUGUAGCCUCAGGUUGUUUGAAAUGGGAGAUAGGUUGGACAUCUCUUUGUGGAAUUCCUUAAUGAGCAUGCAUGUCCAAACAAAAAAUUCGAACAAAGCAGUCGAUGCCUUCUGCCAGUUGCUUCAUAUGGGAUUGGAGGCUGACCAUGUUACAGUCCUAAUCUUAAUUUCUGCUUCUGCUCAACUAACCAUUGCAAAUCUUGCCCAUUCUGUGCUAUCUUACGUGAUACGGAAGGGCUUUGUGAAAGAUAUUGCGAUCAACAAUUCCCUUAUUGACUUGUAUGCAAGAUGUGGAAACUUAUCAAUAGCAAGGGAUCUAUUCAACAGUUCCAACGAAAAGGACUUAGUCUCCUGGAGCGUGAUGAUUAAUGCAUAUGGGAUGCAUGGAAAUUUCGAGGCUGCUCUCAACCUUCUCUCGCAGAUGGAACUCACUGGCACGAAACCAGAUGCCGUCACUUAUUUGAGUAUCCUGUCAGUUUGCAGCCAUGCCGGCUUAGUUCAUCAAGCCAAGAUGAUUUUUCGUUCUAUGGUUGAACGGGGAGUAUCUCCAAACACAGAACACUAUUCUUGCAUGGUAGACCUCCUCGGAAGAAGAGGACAUCUGCAUGAGGCCUUCGAGAUUGUUAAAGGGUCACCUCAUCUAGCUUCCACUGCCCUUCUCGAGUCUUUGUUGGGUGCUUGUUCGGUGCAGGGAAAUGCUGAAAUCGCAGAGGGAGUUUGCAAAAUGCUGUUGGAAGUGGACCCGAGCAACUCUGCAUCAUAUGUGAUGCUCCACAAUACGUAUGCAGUGGCGGGACGGUGGAUGGAUGCUAGUAGAGUGAGGUCUGACAUGGAAAGGAGGAGGUUGAGCAAAGUCCCUGGCUAUAGUCUUGUUCAUGGAAGUUAA